AUGUCACCGCCUUCUUAUCAGAGACUCCUAGACGAUGGAGUUGACGAGAGAAAAUUGUCUUAUGGUACAUUGGUUUCUGAGAGUUCGACACCAUAUGAAAAGCCACCCAAGUUUUAUUUUCCAAGGAGAUUCUUCAUGUUGAUCCUUGGUAAUAUUGGUCUGACAAUAUGUUACCUUCUUAGAGUUAAUGUGUCUGUUGCAAUUAUACCAAUGUCAACCGAAUAUGGUUGGUCUGAUAAUUUCAAAGGAUUUGUUUUAUCUGCUUUUUUCAUGGGUUAUCUAGUGCUGCAGAUGCCAGCAACCUUUUUAUGUAACAAGUUUGGUGGCAAACGUGUAUUUUUAGUUGGUGUCACUAUUUCGAUUAUUUGUACCAUUUUUGUACCUCUAGCUGCUCAAAACAGGGCCGCUAUGAUGAUUUGUAGAAUUUUGACUGGUAUCACUCAGAGUAUUGCUUUUCCAACUAUGAAUUGGUUGAUUAAAAGGUGGUUCCCUGUCACACAAAGAAGUGCUUCUGCCUCUUUAAUUUGGUCGGGUGUCUAUCUUGGUACUAUCUUGGGUGAUAUUAUCACACCAAAUCUCGUAGCUAAAUAUAAUUGGCAAAUGAGUUUCUAUUUAUUCUCGGGAUUGGGAAUGUUGUGGUCACUGGCUUGGUUGAUUUUAAUCAAAGAUGAACCAAAGAGUGUAUGGGGAAUUCAUCCAAGUGAGGUCUAUAUGAUCAACUCUGAGUAUGAGCACGACAGACAAUCGUUGCUCUUAAACAAUCCAUCCUAUGAGAAAAUCAACAACAAGGACAACGAAGAACUUGGAUUCCUCGAGGUCUGCAAAUAUCUCUUUAAGGAGAGUGGAAUCUAUGCGAUUCUUUUAUACAAUCUUACAACUUCAUGGGGUUAUUAUUUAUUGUUAAUGUGGUAUCCAACUUGGUUACAAAGAGAAAUUGGAUUAUCAGUUGGAAAUGAAAUGGCCUUCUUUACUGCUUUGCCAUAUAUUGUAGCGUUUGUUAUCUCCAAUGUUUGUGGAACCAUCUCUGAUCGUCUGUUGAAACGCGGAUUCAGAAAGAUCAUUUUGAGAAAGUUCUUUGGUGUGAUGAGUACUCUAAUUCCAGGUGUUGGACUAAUUCUCAUCAAUUGGGUACCAAUGGAAAAGGCCUUGAAGCUGUUUGUAAUGACCGUUUCGAUCUCCGCCACCGGUUAUUCAUCGGUCAGUUCACAGAUUGCCACCAUUGAUUUGUCACCAAACAACGCUGUCAUUGUCAUGGGUAUUGCUAAUUUUGUAGGAACGAUUCCAGGUGUUCUGGGGCCACUGUGUGCCGGUUUGCUUUUAGCCAAAUUUGGUAGUUGGGUCUACAUCUUCCUGAUAUGUUCAGUUUGCUAUUUCUUUGCCAUGACUGUUUGGGUACUUUUUGCCAAGACCGACAAAGUUAUUUAA